AUGUGCUUCUCUGAUCUUGACUUUGCCACUAUCCAUGAUGUCAUUGAAUCCUGGGAAAGACUCCGUCAAAUGAAAGGCUACGAUGUCGAGGCCGGCACUCUUCUCUUCUCACACAUGUUCAACAAGUGCCCUAGCACCAAAACUCUCUUUGGUUUACCGUUGGACAUGGCGACUGACCACGAAUCAUUGAAAUCCAACCGCAGAUUUCAAGUUCACUGCAAGCAUAUGAUUGCCAUGUUGGGCAAGGCACUCAAUAUGCUGGGACCAGAUGAUGAGUUGUUGACAGAAAUCAUGUCAGAUUUGGGGAAGAAACACUUCCACAUGGGUGUUGAUGACGAGCACUACUACAGAAUCAUGGGAGAUUCCUUGUUCUUGGCAUUGGGUGAACUACUGGGAAAGGACUUCUGCCCACAAGUGGAAGAAUCAUGGACCAUAGUAUAUGGCGAGAUUACAGCAGCCAUGAUCAAUCAGAUUCCAAAGAAAUGA